AUGGGGUUCGGGGAUCGUUGGAUGAGGUGGAUGGAAGGAAGCGUCUUUACUAACUCUUUAUUGAUUCUCAUAAACGGUAGUGUUACUAAGGAUUUUCUAGUGGAGAAAGGUCUAAGACAAGGCGAUCCUUUAUCACCUUUUUUGUUUGUAUUAGUCAUGGAGUUUCUUACAGAAUUAGUGAAGAAAUCAAAAGAAGAGGGUGAAUUCCGCGGGUUUAAGAUUAAUGUUGAGAAGGAGGUGGACAUUUUACAAUUUGCGGAUGACACAAUCAUUAUAGACGAAGGAGAUACCGCAAAUUCGUGGAGUGUGAAAGUCAUAUUAACGGGUGUUGAAUUGAUGUCCGGAUCUUGA